AUGUCGGAAAGCGUUGAAGUCUGGCCACCAGUUGGCUUGAUCAAUGGACUGGCGAUUGAAGCUCCCACGCCAGAGAAAGAGCUCGACGCCAACGUAUUCAAAGGUGUGCACAAAGCAUCCCUCCCCUUCGUCACUUGGACCGUCAAAGCUAGUGUGGAUUGGUUUCCUAUUGAUUUGACUGGGUAUUUCCUAGACCUACCAAAAGGCACAGAAGUCAUCUCGACCAAUCCCUCUGGCACGAGUGCGUGGGUGCAGACCGUGUGCAUCGAAAUCUCUCAAAAAGACGGACGGAGUCUGAAAUUCUUCAAAAAGGCCAUCCACACCUAUCUCCCCGCCAACGUCCCCAAACCCAUCGCCUGGGGAGCAUAUCGGGACGAUCCAGACAUGUACUACUACCUCGCCGAGUUCCGGGAGAUGGUGGCCGACAAAGUCCCAGACCCCGUACGGGUUGUCGAUGCGGUCGUCCAGCUGUACCGCUAA